GUAUUUUUGACAGCUUGUUCACGCUUGAGAAUUACACUGCUAAUGGUCAAAAGCGAGUGUAACUUGCAGAAGCGUAAUUGACACGUGUGAAAUGUACAUUUGAGUUAAAUUAUUGCGAGUUAUUUUUGACAGCGAACUUACUCCAUAUUACCCCACGCUCGGAGUUGUUUUAGGUGGUUAUAAUGGCUUUUGGCUGGAUUUACACUUUCCUCUCUGUCGGUUUGCUUGCCGUGUCAGCAGAAUUUAUCUGGAGUCGCCCUGUGCACAACAUGGCAAGGUUUGCGGUGUCUGAGUAUAACAAAGACUCUACCGACUUGUACGCUAGCAAACUGAUCAAAAUCAUUUCUGCCAAAGUUGAGGUGAACGAUGACGUGAAAUACAUACUGAUUGUGGAGAUAGGUCGUACACAGUGCUUAAAAAUGGACAAUAUGGAUAUAGAUAUCUGCCCCAUAAGCAAUUUCGAUAAUGUCAUAUGCCACUUUAUAGUUGUGAAUGUUCCCAGUGAAAAUAUUACCAAACUCGUGGAGAGAAACUGUAGCUCUGGCCUAUAGUGACACAUGGAUCUCUGUACAAACUUCGUGAAUAAUGACAUGGCUACUUGUUGUUGAAUUAGUUUAUAUAAGCAGGAAAUUGCUUAUUAAAAUGCUUUAAAGGCAACAUUGACUCAAACCAUGAUGUAGUGUCUGGUUUUAAAUAAGCAAAUUUUUAGUCUACAGAAAUAUCACAAAUUGUUCAGAUUUUAGUUGUACAGCUUCAUUGUAUGGUUUCAUGGUUAGGUUCACCUGACCCCACAUUUCUACAGAGACUGUCAUGGUUUAAGGAGAACUUGAUCUCCGUGCUUACUCUAAAUGUUUACUUUGGCUUGUGCUCUUUGGCCCCAUUGCAUAGGGACACUAGAGGUAUCAUCUGUCUGCUAAGACGAGCAUAGAGCAACAAAGAAUAAGCAUAUUAACCCACAUUAUAAAUUCUAAUUACAACUGUUUAUAAUAUGAAAUAAAUAAAAUUCCUGUUAUUCAACAGGUAUUUUAUAUUGCAUGUUAUUUAUUUUUUUACGGAGAGUGUUUGUUCUAGGCAGGAUCCAGUCAUAGUUCAGGAGUCCAUCAUGUCUGCUGUGUUAUUGAUCUUGCAGAGUAAGGCUGUGCUAAAUACAGUGCAUCCGGAAAGUAUUCACGCAUCACUUUUUCCACAUUUUGUUAUGUUACAGCCUUAUUCCAAAAUUGAUUAAAUUAAUUUUUUUCCUCAGAAUUCCACACACAACACCCCAUAAUGACAACAUGAAAAAAAGUUUACUUGAGGUUUUUGCAAAUUUAUUAAAAAUAAAAAAAUUGUGACGCAUAUUACAGCCACAUACAAACCAGUAUUACUGUAACAGAAAAUAGAUGGUCCUUUGCCAUUUAAUAUAGACUGUUCCUACUAAUGUUUAUGUACUACUAUUCUAGCACCCAUUAUUGUAACGGGCUUAAUGUCUAGUGUGUGAAUAUAUAUACUGUAAGUUGCUGUUUUUUCAUGCUGACAAUGGACCAUCUAUAAAGUCCCCACUUUACACCCACUACUUCCUCACUGAAGCAAAGUGCAGCAGGUCACUUUAGGCCUGAACAGAUGCAGCAAUCUUUGCACUGGUAAAUCUCAUAAUACUGUGCAUAAUCAGUUGGUUAUGAUCACAAUGAACAGUGUCCAUAACUUAAUGAAUCUGGGGUGUGACAGCCUUCAAUUACUAAGGAAAAUAUUUGGAAAUAUGUUAUUCCUCGCUCUGUAUUUACUAGUUAUUUCAUUUUAAUUUGAGCAGAACUGCUAACAUGCUCAACAGAAAAAAUAGGGUUUCAUUAAAAUUUUGCACUGACCUCACCUCAUUUGAAACACACAUUAUUUGGUGUAUUGUACAUAAUUGUUAAAAUGGUAUUUAGCUGUCAGACAAAUUCAUAACAUGGGUUAAGGAAACAUCCUGUGCCUUUUAAGUUUUCACAUGCUGUACCAGGUGGAAUUUACAUAUUACACAAUUCUUGGCUCUUUAAGUGAACGUUGUGUUACCUGCUUCUGCUUGUUUUUUUUAUCUUGGCUUUUAUGCAUUACUGAUACAUUUGAUUGAACUGUAUUGUGGUGACAGGUUAAAAAGAAAAUAAAGCCUGCUGUUAUCAAAGUAAU